AUGGCUCGCUUCUCCGGCAAAGUUGCUCUCGUCACAGGUGUGAACAUCAAAAUCGAUUUUCCUUUUUGUUUAUCACUCUCAUUUACAGGCUCUUCUAAUGGAAUCGGCCGUGCCACUGCGCUCAUUUUCGCGCAAGAGGGCGCCAAAGUGACCAUAACUGGAAGAAACGCCGAAAGACUCGAAGAGACGCGGAAAGAGAUUCUGGCAGCUGGAAUUGCAGAGAGUGAUGUUCUGGCGGUGGUGGCUGAUUUGGCAACGGAAGCCGGACAGGAUGAUCUCAUCGGUUCCACUUUGAAGAAGUUCGGCAGACUCGAUAUCCUGGUGAACAACGCUGGAGCAGCUUUCAAUGACGCUCAAGGCCAGACUGGAGUUUCUCAAGAUGUUUCAGUUUACGACAAGAUCAUGCAAAUAAAUUUGAGAAGUGUGGUCACUUUGACGCAGAAAGCCAAACCCUUCCUGAUCGAAGCGAAGGGAGAAGUGAUCAAUGUAUCAAGCAUUGCAGCGGGACCUCAAGCUGUAAGUUUAUCUGAAUUCUGCGUCGGAAUGACAUUUUUUCUUCCAGCAACCGACGUUCAUGUACUACGCAAUGUCCAAAGCAUCCCUGGAUCAGUUCACGAGAAGUGCAGCAAUCGAACUCAUUCAGCACGGCGUUAGAGUGAACUCCGUCAGUCCGGCGCCGUACGAACUGGGUUUGGAACUGCGAUGGGCACGCCUGAUGCUAUGUUGGAUAAGGUGAGUAAGAAAAGCAAUAAAUAUUGAACAUGUAUAGGUUUUCAGUACGAGAGCUUCAUGGAGAGCCACAAGGAGUGCAUUCCGAGCAGAUCAAUGGGACAGCCGAUGGACAUUGCUCACAUAA